AUGAAAGGAAGAAAAAGACAACCGACAAAGUUGAGAGAGACAGCCCAGCUUAAUACAAUGGUCAAGCAGAACAAAACCUGGGCUGAGAAGAGACUUCUAAGGGAUUAUAAGGAGAUACAGGAGAAUAGUGUCCCUACAGUUGGGGUCACUGCUUGUCCGACAGAUGAUAACUAUUUUGUAUGGAGAGGAAACCUUAGAGGACCUGAAGGCACUCCUUAUCAAGGGGGAGUUUUUCAUAUUGAGAUUGUAUUUCCACAGUUAUAUCCUACUGAGCCUCCGAAGAUACACCUUAUGACUCCAUUGACACAUCCUAAUGUCUUUGGGAAGGAAAUAUGCUUGGAUAUGCUGGAUGGAAAUGAUAGAGUUCUCUAUCAAGGUUGGACUUCUGGAUAUACAGUUCAAAGUGUUUUGAUUCAACUCCAAUCUUUUCUAUUUGAGAAGCCUCCAAAGCAUAGUGAGGAGAAGAUUAAAAGAGAAGUAAAAUUAGCAAAUGAAUUCAAAGAUCUUUCUAUUAAUCAUAAGGGACCUCUAAGUCCGUAUCCUCCAUUCAGCACAAAGGAAAAGGACGAAGAUAGCUUUGUUAUGGCUAUAACAGAAAAGGAGCUACUAGAAGAAGAACUUGUCUGUUUCCAUACAAGGCUUAGUUUGAUCAAUGAUACCACUGUUCUUGGGGCAGGAAUCAGCUUCUCCAGGCUUCCAAGAACAGGAGAGAUCAAGGAUGUAUCCACGACAGUAGAUUUACUCAGCAAUCAGGCUUAUAUGAAAUGAGGAGUCAGACAUUCACUUUCAAAUGAGAAAUUUACUCAUUUCUUGCCUCUAUACUUUGGGAUUCAGAUGGAUAAGACAAUUUUCUUAGUCGAACACGCAAUUAGCUUCAUCUGUAAAGGGUCGACCAAGAAAUUUGCAUCUUCUCAAGUUCUAGAAGUUCUUACCAAGAUGUUUAAGACUCUGAUUGUGGAUAUGACAAAUGAAUCCUUGCAUCAUUCGUACAAGUCUAUUAGGAUGCUUAUCUAUAUCCAUAGAUUGAUGAUGAUAUUCAUUGAGAAAUAUCCCGAAAUAAGUGAGACAAUUGAUCAGUGACUGGCCAAAUUCAUUGACCACCCAGAGUGUAGGAUCAAAGACGAGACUCCAGACAUUGGUGAGCUCCUAGUUUACCUGACGAUCUCGAAGAAAUAUUUCUGGGAGGACCUUAAAGAGGCAUAUCUAGGCGAGCAAUUGGAUAGACAAAUCUUAUGGAUCAUUAGAGAAAUUCCUAAUCUUGAAAAGAUAAAGGAUUCAGAGCUGGAAGAUGCAAAGCUGGAAGCCUCUUUCAAGUCUACCAUCGUUGGUUUUAGAAUAACCAUGCUCUUCAAGCUCUUCAACACUGAAAUUAUCGAAAAGACAGGGAAGGACUUCCAAAAAUUUGCCGAGUUCCUUGACCAAAGAUACUGAAGACUUGAAGAAUCUACAGAGAAAGAUUUCAAAGAUGCUAUCAACACUAUCUUUGAAGUCAGAAGCUAUGUUGGUUACUACUCUUUCGUGGGGAAGAAUGUGCAUGACAAGAAGGCUCUGGCUUCUGCUCUAGACCAAGCAAUGAAGAACUCUCUUGAGAAGAAAUAUCAUGGAGACGAAUCAGAUAAAAAUGUUAUCCCUAAAAUCUCAGAACAAGCCACAUCUUUCCACAGAACUCUACCUAAUUUGAUGAAAUAUUGGGAUGAAAAGCUCCAAAAAUUGGACAAAGAAGGUGAUGAAGAUUUUUGGAAAACCCUUUGUCUUGAAAAGUAUGAGUUUAUAUCCAAUAAGAUGAGAGGAUCCUUUGGAGAAUCCACUCCAAAACAACUAGCAGAACAAAUGGAUAUGUGCAGGAUCUAUGGUAUUUCAGAAGAUGAUGAUCCAUUGAUCAAGCUCAAUCAACAAACUUUUGGAAACUAUAAUCUCAAAGAUAUUCACGGACAGAAGGGAUUCCAUGAAUACAAGGAAACAAUGACCUGGAUGGAGUUAUUCAUCAAGCUUGACUUUGAAGGAUUCCUGGAAGUAUUCCCAAUGAUGGAUAAUUUCAAACUGCUUUACGACUAUCUUCAUGCUGUAAAUGGAAAGCUCAGCUGCUUGUACCUAAAAAUACACUCAAAAAUAGCAUUAAAGAGUGGGUAUUACUGGUAUAUGGUAAUCUUAUCAAACCUAACUUCUCUCGAGGGACUUAUCAUUCAUGACGAAGAACUCUUGCUAAGACCUGCUUUUAAGUAUAUUUCUAAGGGGUUUGCUAACUUCUUCAAGAAUGGAGGAAAGCUGAAGAAGUUGUUCUUGAGCCAGGUUAAUGAAAAUACUAUACAGGCAGGCCUGUAUAAUAUUCUUAAAAAUCUUCCCCAGUUGGAAUCUAUUUGUACAUAUCAAUGUACUCUCCGACAUGAAUCUGGUAAAGCUAUUGGGAAAAUACUCUCUGAUUUUAAGUACAUGAAAGAGCUUGACUUCUCUGGAAAUUCAUGUGAUGACACUUUUGUAAAAGAGAUAGCGGAUGGCCUCAUGAGGGCUAAGAUGUUGGAGACACUAAAGCUUCAACGAUUAUACAAUUGCACAGAAGGAAUAGCAUCCAUAUUAUACAGUCUUGCUUUUAGUCCAAGAAUUCGACAUAUUGAUCUUUCUCAUGUUCCGAUUGGGUCAGAUUCCAGGCUUUGUGAAGCCCUUUAUAAAGUAUUAAAGAUCUCAGGAUCUAUCGAACACUUGAUUCUUAACCAUACUGAAGCACAUGAAGGGCUGAGUAAAGAUUUCUUUAUAUGAUUGGGAGAGAACAAAACUUUGAAAUCCCUUCAUUUGGACUCUAAGAAUAAAUUCAAGACUACUUUUGCUAAAUAUCUUGGAACUGCAGUUGCAAUGAAUUCAAAGAAGGAUUGCUCAUUAGAAACUUUAUCUUGUUCUAAUGGAUUCUCUAACAAUGGAUUGGAAACAUUCAUUAACUCUCUCUAUAUUAGUGAAAAAGAUCAUGAAAGAUGGUACGGAGAUGCUGUGGUAGCUGAAAAGAUGUCUGGUAGUGAUCUCGAUCUGAGAUGGAAUUUUAAUAUCAAGCAUUUCAACAUCAAUCAAACUAUUCUUAGAUGUGAUAUAAGUAUUGCUACACUUAAGAAAUAUACCAAUCCAAAGUAUCCUCCUCUUGUUCGCUUGUUCAGCUCUUGAAUGACUCAUGUUGACUUGAAUAACUCUGGGCUGAAUUCAAAGAGAACAAUGGAACUACUCACAACUUGUUUAGAUAAUCCGUUAUCCAAGUGAAAAGUUACUCAUCUGAAUCUAUCCAAAAAUGGAAUCGACAAGGAAGGAUCAAAGAUCUUUUGUGAAGCUCUUAAGAAACAGUUUACAAUUCGAAGUCUUGAUCUAUCUGGUAAUAAACUAGGAGUUUCUGGAUGCAAGUCUAUUGCUCAUGCCUUAAAGACAAACACUAGUGUUGUCUCUCUUAACCUAUACUCAAACCAGAUCGAUGUCGAUGGAGCCAGAUACUUGAAGGAAACUCUUUUGGUCAAUGAUACUCUGGAAUAUAUUGAUGUUGGUUCAAACAGAAUUAGAGAUAAAGGUUUACUUGAGAUGGCUGAAGGUAUUAUAGGCAAUAGUACCUGUGCCCUAAAAAGUAUCAGCAUGAGAUACAACUUCAUCACAGAUGAUGGAGCUGAGAAGUUCUUUGAUAAGAUACUAUCAUCCUCCAAAAUUGAGAGAGUCUUCCUAAAGAACAACUAUUUGACGGAUCCAUUUAUCGUAAACCUUCAGAAGAGGUUAGAUGAUUUUGAAUACAAAAUAUUUGUGGAUGCUUUCGAUAAGGUAAAAUAUCUUGCCCAAGAUAAGUUGGUAAAAUCUAUCUGGAUUUCUCCGAUUAAUGCUUUAUUCACAGAGCAAAGCAUAACCAAAUUCUUCCAAGAAGAUCAGGAAUGUGGCCUCGUGAAAGAAGUUAGAAUGUUCAAAGGAAGUGAGAAAGAAGGAAAACAACAAGAGAAUAUCUAUGCCUUUGUUGAGUUUGAGCAUGAAAAUUCUGUUGCUAGAAGUCUCAGAGUUGCUUCGAAGAAGAAAUCAUUUCUUCAUGGAACCAGAUUCAAGAUCUUCAAAGCAGGAACCCAACAACACUCGUCCACAGCUCCUAAAGCAGCUAAGAUACCUGAAAAGAGAAACACAGGUAGAGGUGGUGCUAUUUUCAGAGCAAUGCAAAGAGGCCUAACAAGAGGUAGAGGUCCAAUAAGAGGCCCAGCAAGAGGCAGAGACUUUGCUAGACCUCAAAGAUUUACUAGAGGAGGAUUCACUGCUUUUUCAAGAGGACUGAACCAAAGAAAGAGAAGAAGAGAGAGCAGCUCCAGUAGCGAGACCCCCACCAACAACCAAGCCACUCAAAGAAAAAGACCAAAAAGGCUCUAA